AGUGAAACGUUUAUGCAGAGAUGAGGCAAGCUUUUGAAUUAUUAAUUAAUUUUGACUGAUACACAUUAACAAUCAUACAACAACUCAUCGGACUCGAGUUAUUAUUUGUAUUUUUAAGAUUUGUCACUGGUGAUAUGCUGUUCACGACUGAUAAAGCUAUAUAUAGCUAACAUCGGAUACAGUGAUAUAUUAAAUUCAGUGAACAGGUCAUGACAAACACCAACAAACAGUGGACUGUAUCACUCCACAUAUAGAAAUAUAUAGAUAGAUUAUAUCACAGUGCAUUUAUCCAACAGGACAAACAGUAAGGUUGCCAUUUUCAAAACAAAAAAUCCAAAAUAAUGAUGUAAUGGAACAGGUAUAUUUCAAGAUGUUGGGCAGGCCCCUUUAAAAGUGUUUAGAGUACCCUGUUUCCUCCUGAGUAAAUACUGAACUGAAUUGAGGACAUGCAAAGUUUUAUAGUUUACAGUAUGGAUUGUACAUAUCUCAGUUAAGUUAAGAUGUAUGGAAUUUGGGCAAUUAAGAUUACCCUGCACAUCUACUGCAAAAUCUACUGAAAAAAUACUUAAAUAAACCAAACAAGAAACAGGAAAUAUGUUUUACAAUUUAAAAAACAUUGAGAUGUAAUUGACAUGACAACGGGACACUUGACGACACUAAAAAAGUAGCCUCUGUAAGAAUUUAUGAAGCCUGGAUUUAGCUGUUUUUUAAAAAUGCUAAACUUUCAGUUCCAUAUUGAAAUAUGGAACUGAAAGUUUCACAUUUUGAAUAAACAGAGAAAGACAUCUUGUGCCAUUGACUUUAUGUUGAGCCAACCAACCUGUGGUUGGCUCAAUGAAUCUCAGCUUUCUAUUAAUACACAUUAUCCCAUUUUUACAGCAUCGAAUAACUAAUUAAAAUGAAACUUAGUAUAAAAGUCAAAACUUGAACAUACAUCUAUUUGAUAUAAAUUACCAAAACUGACAGAAACCACUAUGAUUGCUGAGUUUGUCCCAUGUCCCACCCACUUACAUUGAGGGGUUGGUGUUUUUACCUGUACCACAGGCAUUCAGCAGGACGAGAUCAAAAUGAUUUGGCUUUACUUUUGUCAAGCUGAACUUGAAAUACACUCACUGGUAUACAAUUAUGCCAUAUAGCGACAAAUUACAAAAGGCAGAAUACCAAUAUGGAUUAAAUCUACAUAAAUAAGUUCCCUACUGUUUCUUUUUAUUUGACUUUUUCCAUAGUAAACAGAAAAAGAUGUUCUGAGAGAAAUGAUAACAAACCAAAACAAUAAAGUGGUUGGCGAAACAGUUGAAUGUUGAACAAAACACUGUGGCUGUGUCUGAAAUUACCCACUCAUUCACUAACCCCUACUUUACUGUAUAGGGUCUUCUAUGUAGAGGACUUUAUGGUGAGCUCAACAGCAAAAUAAUUAUUUUGGGGACACUAUUCAUUUUUUUACAUCAUUUUACAGAAUUAUGACGUACAACAACAUUGGCCGGUGGAAAUUCAGACAUGAAGUAUUACUACGUUCAAGUAAAAAAAACAAGGUGAAUGACCAUCUUUAAAUGUAGAAAUAAAGUUGUUUGUCUUAGUUUGUGCUAUAAUGCACUACUCUGCUCAUAUUUAACUUUGUAUAACAGGUUGGGCUAUUCCUGCUGCCCUCUCUCCUCUCGUCUCUACACCAUGAGUGCAAUGCACGAUGGCUAUAUGUUGCCUGUUUAGUGACCAUCGUUAUACACUUCUUUUAAUGAUGCAUUGUGAUUAUUUCAACAGUCAGACAGCACUACAAAAUGGCAAACUCACUAUAGUGUGGACUGUAGUGAUUAUGAGUGAUUAUCUUUAUAAAUUAUCUUCAUUGUCACAUUGUUGCCACAUUUUCAUUUGAUACAUUAUUACUUUUAAAAUCAGUUAGAUACUGUUUAUGGAAAAGUUUUGGACUUCAAAAAAGGUAAUAAGUAACAUUGAAUCCCUCUUAUUCGCAGGUUGUUACUGUCACCGACUUUUAUUACAUUGGUCAUAUCACUAAAAUUUUGCCUUUAUGUGGAGAUGAAUACAGAUAAUAAGAUAAAUAUGGCAAAAUGAAAAUGUUGUAGGGUCCUUUGAAACCCCUGGAAUGUCAAAACAGUGUACUUAUGGGUCUUCUUUGAGGAAUGGAAAAUACACCACCCAGUGGUUGGACUACAAUAAACCACUGUUUCAAGGAUCUGAUAUAUACACCAUGAAAACUCUGUAGACUUUUGACAGAGGUUUUUGACUUUAGUUAAUGCUAAAAUGAAUUUGAUCACAUUCAUAUUCAGUUUUAUUUUUUGUUUCAUUAUCAUCGAUGACUAUCUAUUUGGCAUCAUACAUAUUUAAACUGUAUUUACUGUGAACAAACAUUGGCUUGCUUCAAUAAUAUUGUUUUUUAUCAAGCAGAAAUGUGAGAUAUUCCCACGUUGACCAGAUUAAUUAAAGCAAGUGUUAUAGUUGUUUUAGGGUGAGGCUUUGUGAGAGCAGUGUUGUGCCUCGAACACAGGAUGUGAUCCCAUUACUCAUGGCUGCAUGUGCACAAUUGUGUUACUGCAAAGGAAGGAACUUUUUCAGGAGUUUCCUUUUAAAGAGGAAAGUGCCCCUUUCCUUUGUGGAGCGGGACACAGAAAGGAAAGGACACAGGAGAAGAAAAAAGGGGAACAGUCCUGCACAGUUGUGAUGUGUACGUUUUUGGAUUCCAUUUAUGUCCGGGAUGUUGUCAUUUUAGACGAUAAUUCCACUGGUCGAAUGCUGAAGAGUAUCGAAUAGAGUCCCUUUCUCCAGAGGAGGAUGUCUGUGUCGGGGAAGAAGGAAUUUGACGUGAAGCAGAUCCUCAGGCUUCGCUGGCGCUGGUUCAGCCAUUCAUCCCAAGGUUCGGCUGGCAGUGGAGGUGGUGGCGUUGGCGGGGUGGGAGGCUACAUCCAACAGGAUGGCCUGGACCACAGAGGGACGCCCACCCAGGGUCGGCUGAAGAGUCACUCACGGGAAAGAGGUGUUGGGGGACUACGGAAGACUAGCAGCCCGGCCCACAGCAUCUUGGCACCAACGCCAGGGCCCACGCCUGUCUAUGUCAGAGCGGGGCAACAAGCAUGGCACCAACAGAACACCAUCCAGGGUCUCCAGGUCAACGAGGAGACCUCAAAGAGCAGUUCCUCACCCAAUGCCACAAGGAAAGAGGACCCCAAAACUGGCCAGGAAAAUGUGAAGAGCAGCACAGAGGAACCUGCAGAGGUGGAGGCCAGAGAGAGGUUGGUUCUGAGCACCUUCUCCAGAAUGAACACCAACUCCUCGGAUGAGUUUUUCCAGGCCACCAACCACGCAGAGCAGACGUUCCGGAAGAUGGAGACGUACCUGCAGCACAAGCAGCUGUGUGAUGUCCUGUUGAUAGCAGGGGAUCACAAGAUACCGGCUCACAGAUUGGUCCUGAGUGCUGUGUCGGACUAUUUCGCAGCCAUGUUCACCAGCGACGUGAGGGAGGCCAAGCAGGAGGAGAUCAAGAUGGAGGGAGUGGAUCCAGAGGCGCUCAGAUCUCUGGUUCAUUUCGCCUACACUGGUGUCCUUGAGCUGAAAGAGGAGACCAUUGAGAGUUUAUUGGCGGCAGCUUGUCUCCUGCAGCUUCCUCAAGUCAUCCAGGUCUGCUGUAACUUUCUGAUGAAACAGCUUCAUCCCUCCAAUUGCCUGGGAAUACGCUCCUUCGCAGACGCCCAGGGCUGCGUGGACCUGCUAAAUGUGGCUCAUCACUACACCAUGGAACACUUCCUGGAGGUCAUUCAGAACCAAGAGUUCCUGCUGCUCCCCACAGCUGAGAUUGUUAAGCUGCUCUCCAGCGAUGACAUCAACGUUCCCGACGAGGAGACCAUCUUCCAGGCUUUGAUGAUGUGGGUGCGAUACGAUGUGCAGCAUCGACAGAAGGACCUCGGCGUCCUGCUCGCCUACAUCCGCCUGCCUCUUCUUCCUCCACAGCUCCUUGCAGAUCUAGAAAACAACAAGAUGUUCUCUGAUGAUCUGGAAUGCCAAAAGCUGCUGAUGGAGGCCAUGAAGUACCAUCUCCUGCCCGAGCGACGACCCAUGUUUCAGAGCCCCAGAACCAAACCUAGAAAGUCCACUGUGGGAGCACUGUACGCUGUGGGAGGGAUGGAUGCCACCAAAGGUUCGACCACCAUAGAAAAGUACGACCUGCGGACAAACACUUGGGUCCAGGUUGGAGUGAUGAAUGGACGGCGGCUGCAGUUUGGCGUGGCGGUGAUAGACAACAAGCUGUAUGUGGUCGGAGGGAGGGACGGACUCAAGACGUCCAACAUGGUGGAGUGCUACAAUCCGAUCAAUAAAGUGUGGUCCACCAUGCCGCCCAUGUCAACACACAGACAUGGACUAGGCAUCGCUGUGCUGGAGGGCCCCAUGUACGCUGUCGGCGGCCAUGACGGCUGGAGCUAUCUCAACACAGUGGAGCGCUGGGACCCGCAGGCCAGACAGUGGAACUACGUGGCCAGUAUGUCGACACCACGGAGCACCAUGGGAGUCACAGCACUCAAUGGAAAAUUGUUUGCAGUCGGUGGUCGAGACGGCAGCUCGUGCCUGAGGUCGAUGGAGUGCUUCGAUCCGCACACCAACAAGUGGAGCAUGUGUGCGCCCAUGGCCAAGAGGCGAGGAGGUGUGGGUGUGGCGACAUACAACAACUUCCUGUAUGCUGUAGGCGGACACGAUGCCCCUGCCUCCAACCACUGUUCUCGACUCUCCGAUUGUGUUGAGAGGUACGACCCAAAGACGGACAUGUGGACGACUGUGUCCUCCCUCAGCAUUCCCCGCGAUGCAGUGGGUGUGUGCCUGCUGGGCGACAGGCUGUAUGCUGUGGGGGGAUAUGACGGCCAAUCGUAUCUGACCACUGUUGAAUCCUAUGAUGCACAGAACAACGAGUGGACUGAGGAGGUCCCUCUGAACGUUGGCAGGGCGGGCACCUGUGUGGUGGUGGUGAAAUUGCCUUGAGUGUUUUGUCUCAUGACAGCACAGGAAACAAGUGAGAGAGUGGGCAAAGAAAAAGUGGACAAACAAAACAACGGAUCAAGGACACCUCCUUCGAGAGUCGUGUUUUCAUCAUUAUUAUUUUUUUUUGCUCUAAAUCCAUGAUUUUUCAGAGGGAAACACAGACUGAGCCUUCACCCAUUGUUUCUAUCAUUAGUGGACAUGUCUGCCCACUGGGGAGGAGCUGUUCAGAAACUCUGCUCCGCUCUGCACAUUCUCCACAUUCUCAACCGAUCAAGAAUUUUCAUAGACUUGGCGAAGCUGCAGCGAAUCAGUGCCAAGCCUUUGUUGUUGCUGGUUUGUUGCGCUAGUUUUAUGGAAAGUUCUGCGUGUGUCUGUAAGAUAAAAUGUAAAAGUUGCAUUUUGAGUAAAUGGGCCGAACUCCAGGUUACGUUUACAUUUAUACACCAACAUUUCCUCUCAGUGCCAUCACAUACAGUAUAUUUUUGGGGUUUAUAUUUCCCUUUAUAGCCACUCUGAUGAAAAAAAAAGAAGAAGUUAGAAAUGUAAUGUACCAGUGUCUUUCCUUAGUGGGUGGUCCAAACAGAUUCUCUUUAGCGAUGAAGAAACCACUGUGACCACUGAGGCUGAUGAGUUCGGGAAUUAAAUCAAACUUUUUGCUGAAUAAUAAUAAUAUAUUUGGACAUUUUCUUUUUUUUUUAUUGAGCCUGUAGCUGCAGAACACCAAAGUCAUUUGCUUGUCUUAGAAGAGGUUUUGUUGCGCAUUAAAUAAAAGUUUACAAAAUUGUGAAUUACAGAGAAUAUAUCAUAUUGAUAUUUCACAUUGCUGUGUAAUGUUUUUGUGGAACUACAUUUGUUGUUGCCUAAACCAGAGCACUGGUGACUACACAUGUUAUUAUUCUGUUGGCUUCAUUUCUGGGCAUGCGAGGUGAGCUACUGUUUUUGUUUGAUUUUUACAGUAUUACACAUGAAGAUCAUUGUCUCUUCAGUAUUGUAGGGGACUCAAUGCCUUCUUGAUCAUCACAUACACGGCUCAGAUGUUGGAUGAACCCUGAAGAAACAUCAAACUGGGGCUCAGUGUCACCGGGUGCAUCCACAGUGCUGUUUUAUGUUUUUUUCUUGGGUGCAGCACUUGAAAACCAGACACUCACAGCACUUCCCUAACGUGACUCUGAUUAGACUUUUUAGAUUUGUCAAGCUGCUCAUAAAAGUAAACAUUACCGACUUGCUCACGAUGAGAUCUAUUUGUAAUUGUAAUUAUAAAAUGUUUUUUGGGGCCAAAUGUUACUUUUUAUGUUUUUAUCAUAAUUUUGUACAGCAUGCGAAACCUAUAAAUAAAAGGACUUCAGUCUCCUCUG